ACCCCGCAUUCCACGCAUGCGCAUGCGGAUUACUACUACCUACCUAGUUAGCUUUAAGCGUAUGAAAUGGUUGUAUGGAUAAAUAUCAGAAUAUACUGUAUUUUGGAUGAUAACCUUAGCAUUAAUUUAGAUAUAUAGAUAAAGAUUUACCUUCAGAAAAGUCUUACUGCAGAGAGUUAGGUAAGAACAUGUAACUUGCUAGUUAGCUUAGCAGUACAUAUGAAGCCAUGUAGAAGAAAACAGAGCUAGACGCUGUCAGGAUCUCCAGCUAAUUUAGCCGAUUAUUGUCGUAAGCAACUUUUUUUUUCUUUUUUUUUGAAAGAGCUUCUUGUCAGGACCGUUUGAUUAAGGAUGAAUUAGGAGUGAUCAUUUGAAUGCACAUCAUCAGAAGUUGAUCUGAUCCACAGGACCACAUGGCGUCAGAAGAAAUGGAGGGCAUGUGCCCUCUGCCAGAGAUGACUACUAUUAAGGUGGAGCCUGCUGUAACUAUUGGCACAGCAGAGGAUACCGGCUCCCAGAACGUGGCCAUGGGCCCCAAAUUCAUCUUGCCAAACCGUUUUGACAUGAAUGUGUGCUCACGCUUUGUGAAGUCUCUGAACGAGGAAGACAGCAAGAACAUCCAAGACCAGGUGAAUUCUGACCUGGAGGUGGCGUCAGUCUUGUUUAAAGCGGAAUGCAACAUUCAGACCUCUCCGUCUCCUGGGAUCCAGGUUAGACAUGUAUACACACCUUCCACCACCAAGCACUUCUCACCGAUCAAGCAGUCGACCACACUUACCAAUAAGCACCGGGGCAACGAAGUCUCCUCCACUCCGCUGCUUGUUCACUCUCUGUCCAUUCACCAACUUGCAGCACAAGGAGAAAUGAUAUAUUUAGCCAGCCGAAUAGAACAAGAGGCAGCAAUAAACCUGCAGGAUGAAGAGGGCUUCACACCGCUAAUGUGGGCUGCAGCUCAUGGUCAAAUUGCUGUGGUGGAGUUUCUACUCCAGAGUGGUGCAGACCCCCACAUUUUGGCUAAAGGAAGAGAAAGUGCAUUAUCAUUGGCCUGCAGUAAAGGGUACACAGAUAUCGUCAGAAUGCUCAUUGACUGUGCUGUCAAUGUCAAUGAAUAUGACUGGAAUGGAGGAGCUCCAAUACUUUAUGCAGUGCACGGGAACCAUGUCCGCUGUGUGGAACUACUCUUGGAGAACGGAGCUGACCCGACCAUGGAGUCUGACUCUGGCUUCAAUGCUAUGGACAUGGCAGUAGCAAUGGGCCAUAGACAUGUUCAGCAGGUGAUGGAAGCACAUCUACUGAAGUUGCUGCAAGGAAUCAAAGAGUGACUGCAACUAGUGAAGACAAACUAGAGGAGCAACAGGACACAAACAGAACACUGAUUAUUGCUGUGGAGAUCAGUUAAAGGAAACUGAUUAACUUUGUGCAUGUUUACAUUUGUUUGAAGUUACUGAAGCUAAUUUAAUCUACCAUUUCUUUUUUUAAAGCAACAUAUUGUUAGUGUGAAGUUGUGUAUUGUCAAUAUUUAUUUAGUGAUGUGAAAAUGUAAUGUGUUCUCCAUGGAUUUUCUAUGAAAUAAAUGUUCUACAAUAAAGUUGCACAGGCACCAUA